GAUAAGAGAUUCGGCGUCCAAAUACAAUUAUUUUUUAAUUAAGCCUGGAUAUCUAAAUGAUAAGGAUAAUUUACACAUAAAAUAUUGUAGCACGUGCUUGCUUCUAUCAGCUGUUCAAAAGAUUAAUUGACAAUUAGGUGUUUUGGAAGAGUUCAUCGAAAAUGGCCAAGAUUGUAAAGAAGAAAUCAAAAUCCAAGCCCAAUAAAAAACUUACACGAAAGGAACUGCGUAAGCAAAAGCUGGUAAUCAAGAAAGAAAACAAGAGAUUGUUCUUCUCGAAUAAAACAAAAGGAGCUACCUUAGUGGCAGAAGCAAAGAUAACCGCGACCAAUGCCCAGCAUUCGAAGAAGGCAAAGAAGACCAAACCAAAAAAAUCUAACACAAAUGUAACACCGGAAGAUAUACCAAUAGAAGAAUUACUCUCGGGAAAAGUAGAUUCAGAUAACGAUGAAUCUAUCGCCUCAGAUUUCUCCGACGACGAAGUGGACGCACGUUUACCAGCGAAAGUAGCGAAACGUGAACCGCCACCACACGAAGUAAAAGGAAAGAAGAAAAAGCAGCAGCAACCCACACGUCCCGAUCCGGAAGAGCAGCGUAAACGCGUGUUGAAGCAGCAAAAAGAUUUGGAAAAUGUUGCACGGAAGCAACGCAUGAAGCAGCUUAAGCUGGAAAAUGAGGAAGAGGAUCGAUUAAUAUCGAAAUUAGAAAAAAAGCUAAAACUCAACAAAACGAAAGACAAAAAUCGUUUGGUACGCAAAAUGUUUAGCGAUGGCUUAGAUUAUGCGUUGGAAUUCUGUUUGGAUGAUGAAGAAGAGAAACGUAAACGUGAAUUAAAAGAAAAACGAAAAGAGGAGCACCAAAGGCAGCAUGAUAGUGGUUGGAGUGAUGAAGAGGAGUUUGGGCUUGAAGAUGGCGAGGAUGAGGACUCUGUGGGUGUAGGCACGGAUGCUGAUGAAGAGCAGAGUGAAGACGAAAUGGAAAGUGCAUACAGUGAUGAAGGCAGCGAAGGGGAAGAACGCGAGCGGCAGAUUGAAAAUAACGAAGAGCAGUUUAAGGAAGAUAUUUAUGGCAGAAAGCGAGAUAAAGAAGGCAACAUUAUAACAGAAGAUACUGCCGAGGAAAACUCUGCUACAGAUGCUCAGCAGCCCAAAAAAUACAUACCACCUCAUCAACGGGCUUCACUUGCAGCCACACAAAAUGAUAGUAAACAAACGCAAAUUUUGGAGCGGUUGCGCAAAAACUGCAAGGGUUUGCUCAAUCGUCUCUCGGAAACUAAUCUGCACAAAAUUGCAUCCGGCAUUGAGGAAUUAUAUAUGAAGAAUUCUCGCAACAACAUAAAUGAAACGCUGGCCGCACUGCUGCGUGAGGCUUUAAUUGGCCAUACUAUGGCCAAUGAGCGCAUGGUGCAGGAGCAUAUGGUGUUAUUGGCUUAUCUGCAUGCGCAAGUUGGCAAUGAAAUUGGAGCACAUUUCUUGCAAAUGUUUGUAGAACAAUUCGAUGCAUAUAUAAAGGAGAUCUUUACCCUACCAGUGGAGGAUAAGCGUUUAAAUAAUUUGAUUUUAAUACUUGCAUACAUAUAUAUUUUUAAAAUAUAUGAGCAUCGCCUGCUAUUGGAGAUCAUCGGCCGACUGUCUGAUAAUUUGUGCGAGAAAUCAAUCGAAUGCCUGCUACUUAUAUUUCAAUCUGUUGGUUUCAAGUUGCGAAAAGAUGAUCCACUAGCCUUCAAAGAGAUGAUGUUAAGUGUUCAGCGUAAAAUUGCUGAAGCGCCUUUGGAGUUAAAGGAGAAUUUGCGCCUAAAGUUCAUGGUUGAUAUACUUAAUGCGGUUAAGAAUAACAAUAUCAAUAAAAUUCCGCAAUUCGAUCCUGAACUGGCGGAAAAUCUGCGCAAGCGAUUAAAGGCAAUGCUGCGCAAUGACAAAUACGUUACGACACUCAAUAUAACUAUCGACGACUUGCUCCGUGCGGAUCAGGUCGGCAAGUGGUGGGUGGUUGGUUCUGCGUGGAGUGGAAAUAUUGAUGACAUCAAUGCUGCUACGAAACAAAAAAAGGAUGAUGGUACAGUGGCUGGUCAGCGUUUUUCAGAAAAGCUCUUGAAGUUAGCAAAGCAGCAGAAAAUGAAUACUGAAGAGCGCCGAAAUAUAUUUUGCAUUAUAAUGGGCGCGGAAGACUACGUCGAUGCUUUUGAGAAGAUAUUGCAUUUGGCGUUGAAGGAUCAACGCAGUAUUGCUUAUGUGAUUAUCCAUUGCUGUUUGAAUGAGAAACGACCCAAUCCUUACUAUGCCCACUUGGCGCUAAAAUUCUGUCAUUAUAAUCGCAAGUAUCAAUUAGCAUUCCAGUUUGCUACGUGGGAUCGCAUUAACGAUAUUGACUCGUUGAAUAAGAUACAGGUGAAAAAUCUAGCAAAAUUCUUACAGCAUCUUAUUUUAAAUGGUGGACUGCAGCUGACGGUGCUCAAAGUAGUAAACUUCCUGCAGCUAGAUAAAUUAAGUUUCCUCUUCAUGAAGGAAAUUAUGGUUGGUUUAUUGUUAAACGAGCGCGAUAAUGAAAUCUAUCAGGCAUUUGAACGCGUUGCGAAAAACUCAAAGCUUGGGCAGUUUAAAAAUAGCGUACGGUUGUUCAUACAACACUUUUUGCUGCAGAAUGAGAGUAAAUUAAAACUGGAGGAGAAGCAAAUGGCGAUAUUGAAGAAGCGCGCAGAUUAUGUAGAUAGUAUACUGGCCUAUGUAGAUUUAUAGCUAUAAAUUUUUAAUGUAAUAAAAUAAUAAUUAAAAUUGUUAGCUUCG